AGUGUUGGGUUCAGGUGCAUUCGGUCGUGUGGUUGAGGGAACCGUCUCUGGUCUGCUUCACUCUCACUCUUCAACUAAAGUCGCCAUAAAGAUGGUCAAACCCAGCAGCGGUGCCGUUCAGUCUCUGAUGUCGGAGUUGAAGGUUUUGGUUCAUCUCGGUCCUCACCUGAAUGUCGUCAACCUGCUGGGAGCGUGCACGGGAGGAGGUCCUGUCUAUCUGAUCACUGAGUUCUGUCGUCAUGGAGACCUUGUGAACUAUCUACAGAGGAACAAACACACCUUCUUACAAAGCGACGCACACACCAAGAGUGACAGUGAUGGAGGUUACAUGGACAUGAAUAAAGAGGAGAGCGUUCAGUACGUCGCUAUGAAGGAGCUCCGCUACGCCGACAUCGAGCCUGCGGUGUACGAGACGCCGUACACAGAGCCAGCUGACCAGCAGGAGGCGUCUCUCCUCCUCAGUGACUCUCCUCUCCUGACUGUCAGUGACCUCCUCAGCUUCUCCUUUCAGGUCUCCCAGGCCAUGGACUUUCUCUCCACCAGAAAUUGUGUCCACAGAGACCUGGCAGCGAGGAACGUUCUGGUCUGUGAGGGGAAGCUGGUGAAGAUCUGUGACUUUGGUUUGGCCAGAGACCUGACGAAGGAUCAAAAUUACAUCGCCAGAGGAAAUAGCUUCCUGCCUGUGAAGUGGAUGUCUCCAGAGAGUAUUUUCCAGAACGUUUACAGCAGUCAGAGCGACGUCUGGUCCUAUGGAGUCCUACUGUGGGAGAUCUUCUCUCUGGGUGGAAGCCCGUACCCGGACCUCCCCAUGACGCAGGAGUUUUACUCUGCUCUGAAGAGAGGGUACAGGAUGAGCCGACCUGACCACGCUCCUCACAACAUCUUUGAUCUGAUGAAACAGUGCUGGGAGGAGAAACCUCAGUCAAGACCUUCUUUCUCCUCAUUGGUCGUCUCUGUGGGCAACAUGUUGACUGACGAAUACAAAAAGUGUUAUCUCCAGCUGACUGAGAACUUCCUGCGAGGUGAACAUCCAGCUGUUGUUCGAUCCAGAAUGAGUCCAUCCAGAGCAGCAGGAGAUCAGACUGACGGACAGACAGACAUAAACGGAAGUCCCGACCCUCAGGUGAACUUUCACCUGUUGGAGGCGGAGCCAGAGGAGGCAGGCCCCUCCCACAGUACUUACAUCAUCCCUAUCACUGACAUCGCCAUAGAAACCAGCAGUGGAGCUGCGCUGGACGCAGUCAG